AUAGUCAAGCACUUACAUUUACACAUUUAAAGUAAAAAUUGUGACACUUGCUUUUCAUAGAAGCUGUUGUAUAUAUUAAACGCCAAUUUUGCAAUGCAUAAUUAUGGAAAUACUUUUGUGCGUGGACCUUCGCCUUCAUACACUGAUGAUGCACCGUCGGAGAAUGGUAUGUCAGCCACUCUUCCUUUGGAAACGGAUCUACACAUACAGCCCGAUGUUGAUAGCUGCAUAGAAAAGAAGUUUCAUUGCGCCUAUGAUGCUGGUAAUAGUGGUACUAUCAAAAAAGGCCGUAAAACUUUUGCCUUUUGGACAAUCUUCUUUAUACUGCUGGUACUUACUAUAGGCAAUCUCAUACUUAUGCUCACAAUAUUCGGUGUGAUGCAUCUCGGUCGAGGUAUUAAUGGUCUGGAGAUAAUACCCGAACACGAUUUGAUUAAGUUUUACGGAUACACCGAUUUGGAUCGUGUAUACAGUAAACAAAACGGUCGCAUUGAAGGGUUUAUUGAUGAUCCUCUUACAAUUACCGGUGAUGACGGUGUCUAUGUGCGACUCCAUAAGAAUGGUCAGGUUUAUAAUCGCUUGACUUUGGAUAAAUCAGGCAUACAGUUUCUAGCGGUUAACAAUUUCGAAGUGAGAGAUUCAACCAGCGGCGAUACUAUCUUCACAUCCCAUCGUCCACACUACAAUAUUCCAGCUGGUGCCGAAAGUUUAUUUGCAAAAACGGUAAGCGCUAGUCGCAUAGCAAGUCCCAUCGGUAGUUCAUUAAAUAUGGAUACAGAUGUUGGCGUUUCAUUUAAAGGAUCUGAAGGCAUCUCAUUAGAUGCUGCCAAUGUGCUUAUACAGUCACUCUCCUACGAUAUGACCGUUAAUUCAACCGAAGGAUUAAUAAUUUUGGAGGCUGGUGACGGGAUCUAUUUGGAUAUGGAUAAAAUACCAAUCGUCAGCUCCGAAUUCGGACUGCGCACUGGGAGUAUUCAAUAUAAGAUAUGUGUUUGCAUGCCGAAGGGUACCCUUUUUCGAAUACCAGUCCCCAGAAUACGUAGUGGACCUAAAGUAACAUGUGCCCAUUUUAAUGUAAAACAUGAUCCGUGUGUUUAAAUUUAGUCAUUGCACAAAAUUCCGAGUAUAAUGCAUGUUAGGUAAUAGUUAAAAUCUUGCAUAUCGUAGUUACUCAUAUAAACAAGAUAAAAAUAUCAAACGUUAAUAUUAUCCACAAUAAAAUCGAUAUGA